AUGACGAACGAAGUCGAAAAAGACACUGAAAAGGCCGAGAGCCAUUCAUCAAAUCAGGACGAUGACAGCGCCACAGUCCACGAGGACUCGGGCUUCGAGCCCAUCCGCACGGGCGCCGCCGGUACACGGUCACUCCGUCAGUCAAGAUCAUUGACCCGGACGCGGUCACAAAACGGCUACAGCUGUGACGACUACCAAGAGGACGACAGCUCGCCAAGAGAACCGGAAAAGGACCAGUAUGAAGUGACUUUCGAGGGCGGCGACAGCGAUCCCAUGAGUCCACGUAGUUUGGGCAAGGCGAGAAAGUGGCUCAUUGUAUCCAUUGUAUCGUGCGCGAGUUUUUGCGUUACCGCUGCGAGCUCCAUCUACACCUCGACGUAUGCCCAGAUGGAUGCAGAAUUCGGCAACUCCCGACUGGUGAGCACUAUUGGCCUGUCAGUCUUUGUUCUCGGCAUCAGCUUGGGCCCCAUGUUCCUGAGCCCUCUCAGCGAGUUUUACGGACGCCGGCCCAUCUAUCUCGUCUCUUGGUCCAUGUAUGUCAUCUGGAUCAUCCCGUCAGCAGUCGCCAAGAAUAUUGCAACUAUGAUCGUUGCCCGAUUUUUCGACGGUUUGUCUGGCAGCGCCUUCCUCGCCGUAUCCGGUGGCACAGUGAGUGACUUGUUUGCUCGUCAUGAGCUCCAAGCCCCUAUGCUCAUGUACUCACUUGCUCCCUUCAUCGGCCCAUGCAUCGGCCCGUUGAUUGGUGGCUUCGUCAACUACAACGCACACUGGAGAUGGACGUACUAUGUCAUGAUCAUCUGGGCUUUUGCGCUUUUGGUCGCCAUUGUCGUACUCGUUCCUGAGACUUAUCAUCCGAUCGUCCUGCGGACCAAGGCACGCAAGAUCCAAAAAGAGACAGGUGACGAGCGGUGGAAGGCCCCUGUUGAGAACAUGACCAAGUCCGUCAUCAAGACAAUUGGCAUCUCCUUGAUGCGUCCCUUCCAGCUCAUUGCCUUUGAACCCAUGGUCCUCAGCCUCGACAUCUUCUCGGCCAUUCUCUUGGGUAUUCUGUACCUUUUCUUCGGUGCAUUCCCCCUCGUCUUCACAACGAUCCAUGGCUUCAACCUGUGGCAAGUCGGUCUCACCUUCCUAGGUAUCCUCGUGGGCAUGUUCCUUGCCGCCGCGACGGACCCCUUGUGGCACCGUAUCCGUAGUCGACUCAUGGCCGACUUGGAAAAGGAGACGGGCGUCGAGGGUGCCAGCGAGCCAGAGUUCCGCCUUCCACCAGUCAUCCUGGGAGCCUUCCUCUGUCCCAUUGGCAUCUUCUGGUUUGGUUGGAGUCUUCAUGUGCACUGGAUCAUGCCCAUCAUUGGAUCCGCCAUUUUUGGAGCUGGAACUCUCCUCGUCUUCACUGGGAUCUUUACGUUUCUUGUCGAUGCUUAUCCUUUAUACGCCGCCUCGGCCCUCGCAAGUAAUGCGUUUGUGCGAUGCAUGUUCGCUGCCGCAUUCCCGUUGUUUGGAACGAAAAUGUACAACAAGCUUGGAUACUCUUGGGCUUCGUCACUGCUCGCCUUCUUGACGGUGGCCAUGCUCCCGUUUCCGUACAUCUUCUUCAAGUAUGGCAAGAAGAUCAGAAGUCGUAGUCGGUUCGCCACGCGGGCGUGA